AUGAUCUCCGCGAAAGCAAUAACAUUGCCAUCGGGAAAGGAACUACGAGCAUCACUCGCUCGAGAUGGCUUUGUACGCAUCUCUGCUGCUUUCACACAAGACGAUGUUGCACGCUUCAAGACUGCUGCAAAACAUGCCGCUGAGCGGGCUCGCAAAGGCGAUUGGCAAUACGUGAGGACUGUACCUAAGCAGUUCCCACCUUGGUCCGCCAAUGAUGCACUGAAGGAGGGCGUUUGGGGCGUACAGCAUCUGUUGCACCCAUCAAUGUCUGACAAGGAUCGUACAGUCUUUGCUGAAAGCUAUUUUCACAGCACAAUGAUCACGACAGUGACAUCGUUACUACAAUGCACCCAGGGCGAUCUGGUCAUGGAGCUAUACAACAUGCUGAUUCGCCCGCCGAAGGACUUCGCCCUGCGUUGGCACAGAGACGAUAUAGGUCCAGACAUUUCUCCAGAAUCCGAACUGGCAAGACUCGAAGAGCCCAUGGUCCACGCCCAAUGGAAUCUGGCCUUAUAUCCCGACAGCUCUCUCGUCGUCAUCCCAGGCAGUCACGCACGCCCAAGAACCGAUCGAGAACGCAAUGCUGAUCCAUAUGAGACCGAGUUGCCCGGCCAAAUCCACGUCAAGAUGGAGCCUGGUGACAUCGUGUUCUAUAAUAAUAACAUCCUCCAUCGAGGUGUCUACGACAGCAAAGCCGGCGAACGUUUGACGUUGCAUGGGACCAUGGGAAUGAAAGGCACGGAUCCGAGUCGAGCUCGGAAUAUUCUACAGCAUGGUAUCGGCGGCUGGGCGGCAGAUUGCGACUUUGAUGGGCUUGAGAGCGAUAUGGCGAGAUUGGCCAGAGACAUGCAAGCGAGGCUCAUUACGUUGGGUGUUGGCAAGGGUGUAGGCUUCUCUCAGUCUGACUGA